GCCCCCUCCCCGCCCCCCGCGAGCCCCGGGCGGCCGCGAGCUGAUGUCCUGAGCUCGCCGCCCGCGGGCUGUGCGCCCGGCCAGGGGCUGCCUGGGAAGUUGGGGCGAGGCGCGCCGGGUAUGCGCCAUCACCAUGUCCCGCCUGGACUCGUGGCUCGGUGAGGUCCAGUGGCUGGGCUUGGUGGCGCUCUUCGUCGUGGCCUUGGGCACUGUGGGCCUGUACCUGGCGCAGUGGGCGCUGGCCAGGGUACGACCCCGCUCCCCGAGGCGGGCGGCGGAGCCCGGCGAGGGCCAGCACCCCGAGCCGGAUGCGCUGCUCGCCUGGAUCGUGACGCUGAGCAUCUGGAGGAAGCAGUGGCAGGCCGCCUGGGUGGCCGCCCUGAACGAUGAGGCCAAACGGAGAGCGGGCCCGCCACUCCUCUGCUUCCAGGAGGACCCGCUGCAGCAGCCCCUGGAGCUGGCCAUGGGACAAGUGUCCAGCGUGACCCAGUCAGCCCAGGAGAAGGUGGUGUUUUGUCGUGUGGUGGGCGAGACCAUCCAGUUCCUGGUCAGCGUGGGGCUACCCUCGUCCGAGGACACGGGGCGUCCGCUCUACAGUGUGCGGCUCUCCCCGCUUCAUCUACAGCUGGAGCUCCACAUGAAGGAGAAGAGAGAAGACAUUCAGAUCAAGUGGUCCUUCAUCAGCGCGCCAGAGAUGGCCAUUACGAUCCAGCCCAAAGCACCGGGGGAGGACCCGGCGGUUGGGGCAGAUGCAGUCUCUGAAAGUCUCAAGGAUGUUGUGAAGCACCUGGUUAGCUCUGCGUCCCCAUCAGCGGUUCUGAGCACAAAGCCUACGGAUGUGAGGGGAGUUCAGCACCUGCAGCGCACUUCAUCUACUCAGGAAUCCUGCCCCCCCAAACCUCCAAGGGCUCAUGAGCUCAAACUAUUGGUGAAGAAUAUUCGAGCCUCGCUGCUGAGCCAUCCUGGUGCUUCAGGCAACAUUAACCCAGUAUGUGUAGUUCAGCUGAAUGAUCCCAUCCAGAAGUUCUCCAGCACCCUCUCGAAAAACACUACCACCCUCACCUGGGAAGAAGAAUUCACCUUUGAGUUGAAUGCCAAGUCGAGGGAGUUGCACCUGCAGAUUUCAGAGGAUGGGCAAUCCUCAGAAGCUCUGUUGGCGAUGACGACUGUCCCCUUGGAUUUGUUCAAGAAGCAGCCUUCUGGGCCACAGAGCUUUACGCUGACCAGCGGGUCCUCCUCGGGCAGCUCAGCAUUGGGUUCGGUCACUGCAGAGUUUUCUUACAUCGAACCCGGUGAAGCGAAAUCCUGGCAAAUGCCUCCAUCUGUUCCUGCUGCAAAGAUAGAAAAAGACCGCACGGUGAUGCCGUGCGGGACCGUGGUCACUACUGUCACUGCCGUGAAAACCAAGCCUCGCUUCGAUGCAGGGAGGGCGUCCCCGCUGAGCUCCGAAUCUCCCCUGAGAACGCCUGUCAAGGUGAAGGUCAUCGAGAAGGACAUCUCCAUCCAGGCCAUCUCCUGCCACGGCGCCCCCGUCAGCAAGAUGUUCUCUUCCUCAGAUACAGAGCUACUGGUGCUGAGCGGUGCCGACCCGGUGGCCGAAGUCGCCAUCCGACAGCUCAGCGAGUCCUCGAAGCUGAAGCUCAAAUCCCCGCGGAAGAAGAGCACGAUCGUCAUAUCUGGGGUCUCCAAGACCUCACUAUCUCAGGACAACGACGCCUCCCUGAUGCUGGAGUACGCAGCCUCCAUGGACAGCACCUGCCAGAAGGAUGCCCCGGGCCAGCCAGGGGCGGCCAUGGCCCCUGCCCCACCCGAGGAGGGGAAGGAGACCCCCGCAGGGGCCCGGCUGGCCCUGGAGCCCCAGGAGACUGAGCUGGAUUCCUGGGACUUGGAAGAGGAGCCACCAGCCGGGGCCGGCGCGUGGGGUGGCCAGACCCCGCGGGACCCCGCUGGGGAUGAGCUGUCGGAGCACUCCCUGAGUGUGUCUGAGCUGGAGCCGGGCACUUCCCAGAAGCGUAAAGGAGUAGAAGUAUCCAGAGCAUUGAGAGGGGUCACCAAGAGCCAGGUACCACGAUGGAGCCAAAGAGACCAGCCGGGCAGAGACUGGGCUUCCCGCUGCAGAGAUGGGCACCCCUCCCCUUGUGUGCCUCUCAGACUCCCCCCCACCAACGGAAAGCAAACCAGACUCAACCCUGACAGGGUCCACAGGGAGAUGAGCUCCCUAGAAAACUAGCCAUUAACUUAAUAUGUGCGCAGUGCUGAGGGAAUCAUUGCAUUGGAAUAAGCGACUGUUUCCCGUUAGCGCUAAAUCAGUGCUCUAAAUCUGUAAAUGUCUUCAGCGCGUGCAGUUUUUCCCAGACGGUGCUUUGGCACGAUGGUGACCUGAAGAUACUUGCCGACGGAAUGUAGUCCAGAGGCUCGGGCCAGUUCUAGAUGUGAGGCUUCAAGACUCACUGAGUCUCAGCUCCCUCCUCUGUAAAUGGGGAUGUGCCCACCACGUGCACCCACCUCCCCGAGGACCCCACCGACCAGGCGGUAAUAGGAGAGCCCAGUGCGGAGGACAGGCCGGGAGAGCCCAGGCAGGGGCCGGAGCCAAACCAGCAGUCCCGGCUCCCCCGCGAGUGUAGACAUUAGGAGUCUCAGCCACUCGGGUCGGGAACCUUGGGGAGCUGCUCUGUUCUUGGUGCCACGGACCAGUGGUUCCUACGUGGGGCGAUCGUGCCCCCUCCCUGGGGGGCACCGGCCAUGGCUGGAGACCGUUUCAGUUGGCACAGCUGGGGGCAGAGGGUGCUGGGGGUUCGGGUGGGUGGAGGCCAGGGGUGGCGCUCAGCACCCCACCACAGCAUCCUGUGGCCCCAGCGUCCCCAGGGCCGAGCCGAGAGCCCCGCCGGGGAAGGUCGGCAUCCUGACUGGCCCUCCUCUUUCCCGUUCGCUUCCUGGGCUCUCCCAUGACCCACCCCCGCGCUGGAGCAGAGCGGGACAGACGGGGUGGAAGCCAAGGAAGAGGCGGAGAGAGAGGAAGAAGCAGGUUCCUGGGUGUGAUUUCCAGACCCUGCGAUGGAGAUCGGGCUCUAUCUGCCUGCCACCUGGGCUUGGCGCCUCAUCCCGAGGACCCUGUCGGGCGGCCGGGAGCAGCGUGGCAAUGAGCACCGCCCUCUGUGGUGGCUCCCUGGCUUCUGUUCUGGAAAAGGUGGCCCGGCCGCUGGUACACAGCCCGGCACGUGCCCCCGGCCUGGGCUUUGUCUUGGGGCCAGAGCAGCCCAAGGGGGCUCCCCUGGACCUGAGGAAGGCAGGUGGGCGCUGGGCAGGGUGGAGUGCAGGUGGGGUGCCCCAUCUGUGACCUGAUGGACCAGCAGGCCACCUCCUCUUCUCACAGAACCCGCCCCUCCCUCCCGCCGUCCGUUCAUUCUGGAAGGCCGAGCCUCACCACCCCGGGCCCGUUCGGAGACCGCUGUUCCUUCUUCCCAUCCCUCCUGCCCUGCCUCCCUCCCUCCCUCUGCUGUCCCUUCCGGGGAGCUCUUUCCCCUGGGUUUCCGUCCUUGCUGUGUCCUGGCCACCCCGCUCCUCUCCCGUCACCAGCCAGGUGGAUGACACCCUCACUCUUGGGGACCUGGUGCCCAAAAGGCAGGUGUGCCUUUUGCUCCAUCCUGAGGCCUGGCAGCUGGGGCCGGGCACAGACGCUGAGCCAGUGGUCAUGCGCCUCACUCUUAGCGCUGCACAGACCCGGGAGUUUUUAAAGGGACACACUGGGCAGCGUUUUAAAAAUUGCUUUUUAUUCCGUUGUUUCCUGAGAGAUUUGCACUCGGCAUCUCUACGAGAUACUGUCAGAACCUUAGAUGAUUAUGCUUUAUGGGUACCAAAUAGUUUUCCUUUUCCACCAGAAUUUCUUCCAAACUGGUGAUCUAGGGGGCAGCUCUGUGGGGUUUUCUCUCCUUUGUAAACUGAAGCCUAUUUUUCAGUUCAAGAACCACCUGCACCCCUGUCCUAGGAAGGAGUUGGCUUUAGCUUUCCAAGACUGCCUAUUUAGAAUUCCCCUGGAGCCCUGCUGAUUGGAAAUGUACGUAUGGUUAUGAUGCAGCCAAGACAGGAAAUGCAUUCCUCAAAUUUGGUUUCAUUUUUAGCUUAACAAAGCAUUGAUGUGCUAGUACAAAUAUGUGAAUGUACUUAAUACAACCGAACUCUACACUUAGAACUGGCUACGAUGGUGCAUUUUAUGUUAUGUGUAUUUUACCACAAGUAAGAACAAAAGCAUUGGUGGAGAUUCUGAAAAAUAUUAAAAAGGAAAAAACAAACCUUUCCAAGCGUCCUGCGCAGUAGCGUCCCAUGUUGUAUAUAACGCAAACGCUUCAAACUCUUACGUCUCUCGUUCUGAUUUUGCUGUUGCAAACUUUUCUUUUCACCUCUUCCUUCUCUCCAUCCCUGCUCAUGCCCUUUAACUUAAGAGGAUCGCUAUGCCAACCAGAAUUAAUUGCCUACACAGUAAGUUAUUUUUGUUUUAUAUAUAUAUUUUUUUAAUUAAGACAUUAGGAGUCUCAGCCACUUGGGUCGGGAACCUUGGGGUUUUUUUAAUUAAGUAUAGCCUUGCUAUGAGAAGAGCACAUAUUGUAACUAAGCCGGAAGUUAACCCCUCCCCGCUUCCUUUUCCCUCCCAUCGCUUUCCACUUGGACCGUCCCCGGGUGCCAGUUUUCCCAUCUUCCUCCUUCAGAGUGCCCUGGUCUGGUAGUAGAGGCCAUCAUCUCAGGGGAAGGCAUCCCUGUGUUAGCUGACGUGACAAAACCACCUCGCCAAGAAAUUCAGACAGACCGACUCCCUUAAUCGUCCUUGGUUCUGAAAAGCCGUCACUUCUGUAAUUGGGCCUUCCGUGGUUCCCCUUGUAAUCUAAAGCUGUUCUUUGGGCAGCAAACUAUAAUUUAUAAGGUUGCUUCUGGUCACUGUUUUCCUACCUAUAAGAUGUUAAGAUGCAUUCUUCAAUGAGCAGUUUACGUCUGUUGAACUGAGACGAGUGGGAAUAAAUUUGGGAAUGUUUGCAACAUUGAAGCUAUAAUUUAGAAGAAUUAUUUUUAAUCCCUUCAUAUAUCUGUUUAUACCUUUAGUCUUAUGAUUGUUUUUAGAACCUGGAAAGAUUUGUUUUCUUCCCUGUCCCAUCUAAGAUUUUGGUUAUUUGCCUGAAAUUUCACAUAACCUGUUUCCAGAUCUUACCUUCAGGCAUCUUUAGGAUUGGGAGUGAGGCGUGCGUCUUGCUUCUUGUUGUGUGGACGAGGUAGCCCAGAGUGAAGGAGGUGGGCUUCCUAAACCCAAACGGCCCCAGCGGCCUUGCCCCAUUGAUGUGAAUUUCCCUUUCAGCAAAGGGUGACAGAUUUCUGUGGGCCCGGAGUCAACUGUGACAUACCAAACUGGAGUUCUUCUCUCGGCCAGGGUUCUCCAGGGAAGCAGAACCAAUAGGUUCUGUAUUUCAAGGAACCGGUUCGUGUUGAUGAGUCUGAAAUCUGCAGGGCAGGCAGGCGCUGGCGCUGCAGUCUUGGGGCAGAAUCUCCGCCCCGGGAACCUUCCUUUUUGUUCUCAGGCAUUCACUGAUUGGAUGAAGCCCACCCACCUCACUCCAGGUUAUCUCCUAGAGCUCAGGCACUGAGGGAGAUCUGGACCACAUCGACCAGGAGCCUUCCCUGCGGCACUCAGCUCGGUAUUGGGAUGGACUCACUGGGCGUUCUGGGACAAACUGGCACAGAAAACCGAGCUCCGAUGUCCAUUAGUCACAGCGGCGCCUUACGGCGCCACCUGCCAGCAGCCGAGGGGGCACUGGCCCGUCUGAGCUACGACCUCACGCCCACCUGUGGUGCGGCCACAUCAGCGUCCGCUGAGCUCACCUGUGGCCACGUCCUUCGGGCGUUACUUACCCCAAAGGUCGUGUGCUUUACUGGCCAAGUUUAAACAGACGAUAACAUUUUUAUUUAGUCAUGAAAAUGGAAUAACCUCUGUUUGUGCUGGUUAUAUUUCACGUUUGAUGAGUUAGUCUGUGGACCCUGGAGAUGGGCUCACAUGCUAGAAUGUUCUGUCCUACCCAGGCCGCCAGCAUGCCUCUCGGGAGAUUUACAUCAUUCUGGAAAGCCUGUCAGAGUCGUUCCCAGAGAGCAGGGCUCUGCUCUGCGAUCUCUCUGGGAGCUGCAUCCAUCUUGCCCUCCAGAGGCUUCGCCAGCGGCCACCCGCAGACCGGCGCUCCAGACGCCUACUGGCCACUUCCAGCUCAGAUGCCAUCCUUAGCAGCACAGAAGAGCCAGGCUCGAGAGCAUGGCUUUGUAGGGCAGAGCACGUCACCCCUCCGAGUCUCUGCUUCCCUAUUUGUAAGCAAGAGAUAAGAGCACCCUCAGAGGUGGCUGGGAGACAUAACCGGGACUCCAGCCUGUAGAUUUGCAAACCUCUGUGUCUCCCCUCACAUGACUGUCCUCUGUCCAAGAAGCCGACGUCCCCACAGAAGCCAUGACAAGUGGUGUCAAGUUAGGGGAAACGCGGACCUGGUGAGCCGUGCACGUGACCUCAGGACGAAGCACACCAGGGUACGCAUGACAGCAUCCGGUUCAGGCGGUGACGCUGAACAGGCAAAGUACACCUGCUCCAGAGGGUGGGCGUAAGGACCAAGAACAGAAACACCGCGUGGCAGGCCUGUCGGGGCAGCCCAGGUCCGCGGCCGACAUGGCGCUGGCUGGGGCGGGGACGCUGUUGAAACAAAGCACAGCCAGCAGGGCCGUUUAAACAGUUACGGCCAACACAUCUCCUCUACCAGCUCUGCUCCCAGGACGCAAGUCCUUGCUGUUUUAUGUUAACGUGACGAGAAUUUGCAGUUUAGGCGUUUCAGGUGCCAUGUCAUCCAAACGAGAGAAAGCGACCGCUCACAAGUGUGCAGACUCCCUUUUUAAGGAGUUUUGAGCGCAGCUGCCCCUUGCCUGUUCCUGUGUUCUGGUUUCUCGCGCAAUCGAGGGUGCAAAGCCAGACCCUCAGCACCGGGUGCUGUGCCCUGCGGGCUAGGCUGCCAUGUCCCCAUCCCCCCUCCCGCAUGGCCCUGAGAUAUUAAAACGUGAAGGGGCAUCAGGAAACUAUGUAGAAGAAAGUGAACGCCCUGCUUACCUUCUGCCCUCUGGUCUGGUCCCCGGUGCUGACGUCUGUGUCCUUAGCAGUUUUCCACGUACCAAGUACUGAUGGCGGUUUGACCAGACCUUGGUGGGUGGUUUCCAGCCCCAGCUGCAUGUUAGAAAGACCUGGGAUUUUUAAAGAGAUGCUGAUGUCCAGAUGUCUCCCCAGAACCCCUCACAUCAGAUUCCCCAGGGCUGGGACCUGGACGUCUGGAGUUUUUCCAGGUUGCUGCCCGACUCCAGCGUGUCUUGGGGCUGAGAAGACUGCUCUAACAUCUGCCCUCUGCCCUGAUCUAACACGGGGCGUCCAGGGUCCGAGGAUAAACAGGAGGACGUGGCCGCUGCUUUGGGACGCUCAUCUUAAGUCACAUCCUCCCCUGCCCUUUCUUGUCUGUGUUAGAUUCCCGGGGCUGCUGUAACAAAGUACCGCAGAUGGGGUGGUUUAAACAACAGAGAUUUCUUCUCUCUGAGUUCUGGAGGCUGGAAGUCCACGAUAAAGGUGUGGCAGGGCUGGUUCCUCCUGAGGCUACGAGGGAGAAUCUGUCCCAGGCUCUCCCCCAGCUUCUGAGGGUUUGUUAACCAUCGUUGUCACUCCGAGGCUUGUAGACGCAUCACCUUGAGCUCUGCCCUCAUCUUCACAUGGCGUCUCCCUGUGUCUCUGUCCAAAUUUCCCGUUUUUAUAAGGACAGUAGUCAUACUGGAUUAGCACCUGUCCUAACGACCUCACUAUAACUUAAUUGCCUCUUUAGUGACCGUAUCUCCAAACAAGGUCACGUUCUGAGGUGCUGGGGUUUGGACCCCUACAUAAGAAUUCUGGAGGGACACGAUCCAACCCAUGACACCACCCCCGCUCACACCUCAGACCUUGGCUCCAGACCCCAGACUGAAUUUCAGCACAGGGACAUGUAUGACAUGGGCUUUGCAGAUGGAGCCUUCCAGGGGAGAUCCUCUUUCUGCCGGGCUUCCACAUCCCUAGAUCUGCAGCUGGCCUGGGGGACGGACUGGUCUGUUCCCCUCUCCACACUUCCAUCCCCUGCCCCCUGCCCCAGGGAGAUGGGGGUGGGGUGUGGCAUUAGGGUCCAGGUUAACGGAGUAGAUCCAUCAGACCUUCCUUCCUCUCCUCUGUUCCAAUGUGACAGCCCCCCAUUCACGUGCUAUUUGGGGGCUCCAAGCUUAACCCAAAGCAGGUACCUAGAGAUCAGAAAUACCUCCUAGGUCCCCCCCCCCAAUCUGAGGUAACCUGGUCAGGCUGGGAGGCCCCGGGACUUGCAAUAUGCUGGGUAACUGACCGGUGGGCAUCACUGCAUCUGCCCCCGGGACUGGCCAGAGUCCAGAGUCAAGCCCUGUCGGUGGUGGUGACCCCUGCCGUAACACACCCUACCCGGUGGUUUUUUGAGAUACGCUGCAUCCUACAGGCAUUGGAACGGCUCCCGGAACAGACCUUUCUGGCCCAAGGAGAAGCCCGUUGAGCCUAAAGCCACUGACACUUUUAUACUCACCCUUCUGCUUCAUCCCUUUGCAGCCUUCCUCAGCCCCCCCGUACACCGCCUCCCAGCUUUAGAUAAUGGUAGAAAAUGUCCGAGUGAGUCUUUGCAAUAGGUUGAUUGUACCCAAAGAGCAAAUGAAAAACACAUCUUUUGGACAGCUUUGACCAAAUUAAAUUCGGCCCAUUCCUUGAGCUUUGAGCUGUGUUCUGCUGGUUAACCCAGGCAGAGCAAGUAGGACACGCAUCCUUUUCUUCUUUUCUUCAUUGUUAAUUGGAAAAUUUCUUUUUCUAAAAAAAUUUUAUGGAAGUACAGUUGCUUUGCAAUGUUGUGUUAGUUUCUACUGUACAGCAAAGUGAACCAGCUCUACAUAUACAUAUAUAUAUAUCCCCUCGGACAUGCAUCCUUAAGUUCAGGUCCAGUACAUGGCCUCUAAAGGUCACCGGCAUGCUGGUUUUCCCGAGGUAAGUGCUGAUCAUGCAAGGGUCUGUGGACAAGGCUGAGUCAGAUUCCACAACUGUCCAUACAUUUCACGUAGAAAAGCAAAGUGACGCCCUCCAGCCUCCCGUCUGGAUAAACCAGGAUGGUUUCUGCGUAUGUCACAGGUGUUGAAGUAUUCUUUGGAUCUGUCGUGAAAAGAAUGGAUUUUGCCAAAUUAGCUGUAAAGCUCCUUAUUGAGAUGGUCAGGCCAUUCUUUCAAAGUCACUCACACCUACAGGCACGGGGUCAUGGGUUUCCCAGCCUGGCUGGAAGGGCCCCCUGAUCCCCCUGGGCCUUGUUCGUAGGAUGUGAAGCUAGUUUGUGAAAAUGGAAGCAGGUUAGUGGGCUCUGGCCAUCGAUACGUUAGCUGGCAUUUAACCUUUAAGGAACCAUUGCCGUGGAAAUCAUUGCCGUUGCUAAUUUUUUUUCUAUUUCAUAUUGCACCACUUGACGUCAUAUACGGAUAGGUCGAAGCAAACAAAAUUGAGGGUUUUAGGUCUAAAGUGAUCAAGUAACAGACAUUUCAUGUGACUUAGCCUGAUACACACGUGCUGGAUCUGAAGUUGUAAAAGACCUUCCUCCCCAAAAGAAUAAAUGUUCCUUAAAUUUCCUAAGAGAGUGAAUACCAUUGUUCUCAGAGUCCUUAAUUUGGUUUUAAUAGCAUGAGCGUCCUUUCUGGGGCACAAAGCACUCUGCCGUUUAUACCCCCCCUCGUGAUGGGGAGUCUCUAAAAGUCAGGGAUCUAGACGCCUGCCUGGGAAUGGAUUCCAAGUGACCUACCUGCUCACUGCGCCUUGGAAGCACCUGUGCUGUGCUCAGGCCAGACCCAGCUGCCUUUCUUGUGCCAACAGGGAGGCGCGCUGCAGUCACAGGCUGCCUUCUAUUAGAGUCGCUGGAGGGAGCCGCCUUCCUUCCUUUCCUCCUGGACGCGUCGCCCACCCGGCUUUUCACCCGCAGCCCCGCUGA